AUGGGUACAGCUCCGUGCUAUAAAAAGAAAAAUGAAGAAGUAAAAGUGGCUCAUCGAAAAGAGUUGAGUGAUAAGAGUAUGAAAGUAUAGCAUAUUCAAAUAUGAGAGUCAAAUAAUGAGGACUUUCCAGACUAAUAGGGUGAAGAAUAAGGGGAAGAGGAUGGAGAAGAAGUAAGAUAAGUAAUAAUCAAUUGUAGAACAAUGUUUAUGAUUAUAUUUAAGGCGAAUUGAUUUAAGAGGGAUGUAAUGUAUACUCUGCAUUAAAUACAACUAAUGGGUAACUAUUAGCAUUGAAAAUUGUAAUAACUUCCAUGAUUAUAGUUCAAACUAAGUUCAGAAGAUGAUUUUGACAACGUGACCAGCAUUGUUGAUACACUUAAACGAUUAGAAUUCAAGAAUAUCCAUCAAAUUAUAGGUUGGGAUUACUCAGUAUUCAAUAAUGAAGUAAUCUAAAAUGAAAUCAAAAUACUAAUGCCCUAUGAAAGUGGAGGAUCUAUUAGUUGGCUUCUACAAAAGUUCAGUUCAUUCUCACCUUAACUAGCUAUUAUGUUUAUGAAACAAAUAUUGUAAGGAUUGGAAUAUCUUCAUACUGAAGGUAUACUACAUAGGUAUCGAUGAAUUUAAACAAGGAAUCUUAAAACUUCUAAUGUCUUAGUUGAUGGAGAAGCAAAUGCCAAAUUAAGUGAUAUAUACAUACUAAACAAAUAUAAACUAUCCAUGUACAGUGCACCUGAAUGCUUCAAUGGCUAAGAAUACUCUUAAUAUUCGGAUGUUUGGAGUGCAGGUUGCAUAUUUGUGGAGAUGCUCACAAAAAUGCCACCUUGGCACCAUAUAUCUGCUGACAUUACUUUGGAAUAGAUUCGCAACUCUAUUAAUAAAGGAUGUAAUGAUUAUGAUAUUGUUAAAUAGAAUUAUUUCAAUUCAAACGUAUUACUAGAUAAGAAGAUAUUUAGUAGAUUUUUAAUUAGAUCUUUAAAUUGAAUCCAAAAGAACGAUCAACUCCAAGUCAAUUACUAACUCACUCUGCUUUUCGAAGUAUCUAUUAAUAAAAAUAUAAGAUCUUGAAACUGAACCAUUAAAAUCUGUUGUAAUUUCAACAAGAAGACAGUAUCAUACAAAACAUGAUGAUAGAAAAUCAUUUAAAUUAUAAAAUAGCAAUAUGUCAAGUUAUAGUAUGCAUAAUGGUUUAUCAAUUUCAAUAAGAAGGAGCAAUAAUCCUGAUUCAAGUAAGUUUUAACAAGUUCUAUAAUAAAUAAAGUCUUUUCAUUAAGAUUUCAAUAGAACUGAGAAUUUAUAAGAAACAUAACUCUUAUCUCAUAAUGAUAUUUGUAAUGUAGUUACAAAAAAGAUACAAAUAGUAGCUGAAAUUAAAGAGAAAGGAAUAAAUCAUAUAUAGAAAGAUAAAAAUGCUUUGGUUGAAAAUGGAUUGAUUAGACCAAAAGAAGGAGCAACUGUAAGUGCUAAAAUAUCUGUAAAUGGAAUUCCAGAUUAAGUAGUAAAAAAUUAAAUGCAUAAACCUCCAAUUAAUUAAACAAGUCAACAAUAUAAAUCAAUUAUGCAUAGUGGAAGUCUUGAUAAAAUACAAACUAUUAGAUCUAGUGAUUAUUUGAAAAGUAAUGAUUAAAGUAGUGAACGAUUACCUGUUCUUUAAAAUAAAUAAUUAAAUGAAACAUAAUAAUUAGAAGAACUUAUGGCACAGUAAUUUUACUAAGAUGAAAAUUAUCAAAAUCAAAAUAAUAAACAAUAAACAAAUAUUAAUCUCAACGAUAUUGAAAAAAUGAUGAUGGAUUAAUUUUCAUCUUCCAUGCUUAAAUCCAAUUAAAAUGAAGAAGAAUUAUAACCUGAUUAAUAAUAACAUUAAGAAUAUUAAUAAGAAACUAAUUAUAUUAAGUCUGAAAUCAUACUCAUUCAUAAUCAAAAUAAUAUAGAUCCAAAUUUCUUUGAGAAUCUUAUGUAAUAAUAAUAUUUAGAGGAUGAUGAUUAAGAAAUUGAUGAACUUUAAAAACUUGAAGAACUUAUUUAAUAAUAAUAUUAUAAUUAAGAUAGUCAUAAUAAUAACAUCAUCAAAAUUAAUCCACAUAUUUAAAAGUAACUUUCCACUCAUGAUAAGACAUUACAAUAAAAUUCUAUUCAACCUUUAGAAUUAAGAUAAGAAGAAGUUUUAUAAGAAAAUUUAUCCAUUAUAGGUAUAAUAAUAUAUUUUAAUUUCCAUUUAGCUUUUGAUAAAUUAGUCCAGUCUCCAAAAAAUGACAAUGAAUUGUUAAUAGAGGAUGAUUUUAUAUAUAUGUUAUGA